AUGACGCUUCUGGAUAAUCGACAACUUUUAGAAGAAAAAGAUAUACUCAUAUCAGAUUACUCCGAAAUGACGCCAGAUCCUCAAGGUGCCUUGUUCUUUUGGCUUGGAAAUGCUUCUUUGCUUGUAUAUAACGUUGUUAUCAAUGCAAUUGAUAUUUACAUUCAUUUAUCUCAUAGAAAAAGCGUCGGAAAUGACUUAGCAAGAGCAUACAACUUCCCUUGUUCUUUAAUUGCUUUAGUUUUAUGUUUCAUUAAAAUUCCAAACCAAAAAAUUCUCUUUAUUAUCAGUUUACUUGUUUUGUUCUUCGAUCUUUUAGCAUUCCCAUUACUAAUUAUAAUUCCAAUGUCAGAAAGCGUAGUUUAUUGGGGAACUAUUGCUGCAAUUACAGUUUCUGGUGUAUUUUCAUCAAUUAUUAUGUCCGGAUCAUUUGCAGUUUCCACACAGUUUGCUGAUGAAACAGCUGGUUUUAUUUCAGCUGGAAAUGGAUUAUGUGGAAUCCUUGCUGCUGUUGCUAGAAUUAUUACGAAAGGUUUAUUCUCGUCCGAAAGCCAGCUUAAAAUAAGUUCAAUAGUAUAUUUUGCCUUAGCUGCUUUAACAAUUCUCGGUACACUAAUCUUUUUCAUUUUAAAGCUUCGAAAUCCUGAUAUAUCAAACAGAUUCAUCUUCAAUUCUUACCAGAAAGAAAAUACCGCUUUUAUUUCUCAAAUUUUUACAACAUUAAAAUCGAUUUGGCUUUUAUGGAUUGCUGAAGCAUUGACUUACUUCAUAACAUUGAUAAUAUUCCCUGGAUAUGUUUGUUCCGGUCCAGAAGGUCCAUUAAAAUCAUGGACUCCUGUUUUAAUCACAACUGUCUUCUGUAUCUUUGAUUUCAUUGGCAGAUUUGUUGCUUCGAAGUUUAUUUGGCCUUCUCUCAAUAUGUCGCCGCUUGCAUCUGUCUUUAGAAUCAUUUUUAUUCCAUUAGAAAUAAUUUCGAUUCAAAAAAUUGUUAAUUUUAGAGAGCCAUGGUUCACAUUGGCCCUACAGAUUCCAUUUGCGUUAACAAAUGGUUAUGUUGGCACGAUUUUGAUGAUUUAUGGUUCAAAUCAUCCAGAUCUAGACAGCGAGAAGAAGAAACUGGCUGGAUAUUUAAUGACUUUUGCUAUUAACGUAGGUAUUAUCAUUGCGAUGUUUUUGACAUUUAUUUUACCAAAACCUUCGAUAUAA